AUGGCCAGCUUGCCGGUGAGCCAGGUCAAUGGCCAUGGCAGCGGCCCUUUAUCGUCGCCAGAGCUCGCCAACGGCCACAGCACGAGCAGACCCGGCGGCACCCUCGACCACAGCAACGGCGACGGUGACGACGACAUUUACAACGCCAGCUCCGUGGCGGCCAUCAAAGCGACGCUCUCGCAGUUGCAGGACCGAGAAGCCCUGGUGACGGCCCGUCUCGAUGCCCUGGUGGCUUCGCAAAAGGAUCUCUCGCGCGAACUCGGCCGUCUCGAUCUGCUGCGUGCCCACCUGGGGACGCAGGCCAGCACCACCCGCUCCAUCAGCCAUGAGAUGCUGUCCGGGGCGGCCUCGUCUGCACAUUCGCUAUCGAGCGCCGUCCGCAAGCUGGAUCUCGAGCAGUCUCGCGUCAGAUCGAUACUGGACAUGGUCGGGCAGGUUGCGGAGCUCAAGGCCUGCGUGCUGGGUGUUGCGGGCUCGAUGGGGGCCUCGCAGAACUGGGAGAUGGCGGCCUCCUACAUGCACCGCGCAUUCAAGAUACCGGAGGAAGUGGUGAACAGUCCCUUUGCUGCGGAGAUUGUGCCUACGACGGAGGUGCCAGAUACCCCCAAUGUGACGCUGUCGAACGCGGCCGAGUCCCUUUGUGCGUUGUUUCUACGGGAGUUUGAGCAGGCCGUGAAGGAGAAUGACGGGGCCAAGAUCACUCGGUUCUUCAAGCUGUUCCCGUUAAUCGGCAAGUCAGAUGUUGGCCUUGAUGUGUAUGGCCGGUAUGUGUGCCAGGGAGUGGCUGCAAGAGCUCGCUCGAACCUCAAUGCCGGGACGGGGGGAGCACAGGCAAAGGACGACUUCUUCUACGCCAAUGCCCUGACCAGGCUGUUCGAACACAUUGCUCAGAUCGUGGAUGCCCAUGGAGCCUUGGUUGAAAGACACUACGGCCCGGGGAAGAUGGGUCGAGUGGUGGAGCGGCUACAGGUCGAGGCGGAUGUUCAGGGGGGCAUCAUCCUGGAGUCAUGGGCAGAGGAGCGUCAUGUCGACCGCAAACUGACCGAUAUAAAGUCGUAUGCAUUUACGUUCUUGGUCCAGAGUUUCCUGCCGGCCGCCAGGGGUGCUGGUACUCCGCGGUCGAAUUCUCCGGCGAGCUGGGAUACGGCGCAGCGGAACAGUGAAGAUGAAGGGGUUGAUAUGAAAGAGAUUGAUUCCAUAUUAAACGAGAUAUCAAUCAUGCUCGGCCGGUGGUCUCUUUACGGAAGGUUUCUAGCUAGUAAAUGCAAGGAAAAUGGCGAUGGUGAGGACGAGCUAGAGUUACCGUCCUUCUUGACGGGUUCUCCCCUAGCCCAAAAGGUAGAUACCAAGCUGCUGUCACCGUAUAACGCGAUGACAACCUUCUUCCUGCGUCGUUCGGUGGAAAAGGCCUUUCAGCUGGAUGAGUCGCCUGUUGAUCUUACCUUGGACCUUCGGAAGCCAUUGGUGUCUAAUCCGCCCCAUAUCACAUCCGUGGUGGAUGAUAUCAUGUACAUCGUGAACAAAGUCAUACAGCAGACGCUGGCUACAGCCCAGCGGUCGGCAGUCAGCAGCGUGGUGCCUACGAUAGCACGAGUGCUUGGUGCUGAUUUCAUCGGCAUGGUACACCGCAAGAUGCGAGACGAAACGCACCCCAGGCCCGUUGUGCCAGGCGGCCAGCCUCCCCCUGCUACGGUGGUGUCUUUUCUUGUGCUCGUCAACAACCUAGACGUUGCUGUCGACUACUUGGAGCGUAUCGUGAAACGGCACAUGGAGUCCACAGAUACGGGGGGCGACGUAACCAGUGAUGCCAGCGCUCAACCCCGGAUAUCAAUGCUGUUCCCGCUUGCUGAUGAUGCUCAGGUGGUCUUGAGUACGCUGCGGUCGUUGUCUGCUACCUUUACGUCUAAAGCACAGGAUCUCAUCGGUGAUGGCAUCCAAGUCAUAUUCAACAACGUGCUCAAGUCCCGUCUUCGUCCCAUCCUUGCAGACGCCUUCCGGGACGCCGAGUACCAGCCUCCGGACGGCGAAGGAGAGGAUGGAGCGUACGGAGUAGGCCUAGGCGCUGAAGACGACGCCCUGAUGCACCAUGAAGCCGGACACCAUCACGGCCUGGUCCGCCAGCGGUUUGCAGCUGGCUGGCGGGACCUCAUGUUGCCAAUCGCUCGCAUUUUGACCGCCAACACCUUUGACCGACUGCUCGGCGUGACGCUGACAUCGUUGUCGAGGCUGCUGGAAAAACGGCUUUGGUCUUACCACGGCCGCGUCAACGCCCUGGGGACCACCAGGCUAGAGCGAGACGUCACUGGGAUAAUAGCCGCUGCAGUGGACGUGGCUGAGGGCCACCACCAUGAUGCAGCUGCCGCCGCUGCUGGGGAGAGAGGAGGCAGCAUUGGCGGCAGAGCAGGCCGGUACCGUCACCGCGAGACCUUUGCCCGGUGUACGCAGAUAGUGAUGGUCAUGGGCAUGGAGGAGGAGGAGUGGGAGGAGAUCUCGCAGGCAGACGGCGACGUGGUGGACAAGCUGUCGGUGGAAGAGCGGGCCCGUGCCAGGUCCAUGGUAGUAUAA